AUGUACGCCCGCUGUGCACCGCUUUCGUUGCCGCUCCACGACCCGACCCCACCCGACACCAACGAAACGCGAACAAACGACAAAACCAGCAAGGGGACUGGAGGAGGGGUGCGGGGCGACCAGUUUUUGGAGGCGUUGCCGUCGGCGGCGCCCGGCAGCAGCACCAAGCAGAGGAGCUUCGGCCUGAGCUGCAGCCUGGCGUGGAUCCAGGAGACCAACUUCGAGGACAAGUUCGAGGUCGUCAAGGUUAUCGGGCAAGGGAGCAUUGGCGAGGUGUCCAUCGUUCGACGGAAGUCGCUCUGCUCUAGCGCGCACGGCGGCAGUGCCCACGGCCGCGUCAACAGCUUCUUCGACGGCCACCACCACGGCAAGGCGGGCGCCCCGAGAGACCUCUCCUACGUGACGUCGCCGCCUAUCGAGCUCAAAGACCCCUCGUUCGGGGACGAGGAAGGGGGAGAGAAAGGGGCGUCCGCGGGGCCCCCGCCGGCCCCGUCGGGCGGCACGGGUGAACGCCUGUACGCCAUGAAGUCCAUCCACGUCGCGCGUCUUCACAAGCUCCGGGUGGAAGAGUUCAAGAACGAGGUGGCGAUGCUUCAACAGCUCCAUCACCCAAACAUCAUCCAGCUGAGAGAAGUGUUCCACUACAAGAAGAAGAUCUACAUGUGCAUGGCCCUGUGUACAGGAGGACAGCUGAACGAGCGAUCGUUCACCGAGAACCAGGUGUGCUCGGUCAUGAGCCAGGUCAUCCGAGCCCUCGUCUACAUGCACGAGACCGCCAAGAUUUGCCAUCGUGACUUGAAGAUGGAGAACAUCAUGCUGGAGUCUCCGGACGAGCCGCUGGUGGUGAAGCUCAUUGACUUCGGGCUUUCGAAAGUGUUCACGGAGGGCGACAAGAUGAGAACGGCGUGUGGAACGGUCUACACGAUGGCACCGGAGGUGCUUAGCGGCGCCGGCUACACGCAGAAGGCUGACUUGUGGAGCGCGGGCGUGAUCGCCUUCAUCCUCCUGUCCGGCACCUUCCCCUUCCUCAAGGACGAGGCCGACCUGAACGACCAGGAGCAAGUGGAGCGCCUGCGGCAGGCUCGUUUCGUCUUCAACGACCCCGCCUGGAAGACCGUGUCGGCGGGCGCCAAGGGCUUCGUGCGCGGCCUACUCAAGAAGCAGCCGGGCUUCAGGUGGACGGCGAGGGAAGCGCUGGACCACUGCGCGGACACCUGGGGGCCGACGUUUUCGCGCGCCAGCUUCGCGGAUCUGAGCAGCCAGGCGGAGCUAGCCGCCGCGGAAAACGCGGCAAACGGUAUCGGAAACACACCACCGAGAUCAAGAAGUAUCAGCGCCCCGCCCCUCUCUCCGAGUGCAUCUCCGAGGGGCGGCGGACGAGGGGGGGGGGCGGCGGAAGCGCCGCUUUCUCCGGAAUCUCCGACACACGCGUCGCGGGGCCGCCUGAGAGCGGUGAACGGGUCGAUCGCCAAGUCCAUGCACCGCUUCGCCGACUACGGAGAGCUGAAGAAGGCGGCGCUCAUGGUGACGGCGUUUCAGCUGGACAGGAAAGAGAUCAAGCAGCUCAAGGAUGCGUUUUUGGAGGUUGACACGGAAGGAAACGGCGCCAUCAGCUUGGAUGAGCUGCGAAUCGUGCUCCGCGAGCACGGGGUGGACGGCGCAGAGGUCGACAGAGUCUUCGGCGCCGUCGACAUGGACAGCAGCGGCCGCCUACACUACAUGGAGUUCCUGGCAGCUACGAUAGAAGCGAGGGGUUACAUCGAGGAAGAGAGCCUUAAGGAUGCCUUCGAGAGGUUGGACGUGGACUCGACGGGCUUCAUCUCGCGGGACAACCUGAAGGAAGUGCUGGGGAAGACGUACGACAACGCUCUCAUCGACAAGAUGCUCGAGGAGGGGGACUCGUCCAUGUCCGGGUCGAUCGAGUGGGAAGACUUCUUGAUCAUGAUGAAGCCGGUGUUCGAGCAGGAGUACCGCAGGGACGCCGAGGCCAUACUCAAGGACACCCCGGUCGCGUGUCGGGAGGCCGCAGAGGUGGGACGAAGAGCUGUCGACCAGACCCCUUCAUACGCCCAGACGAAGGCCUCUGGCGAAAAGACGGCGGUAGCAACAACGUCUCAAGAACAGGCUUCGAGCGGCGCCACCGACCGAUAGCAGGGGGGCACCGGCGGUAAAGAAGACGUGCGAUUGGGGGGGGGGGGGGGNGGGGGGGGGGGGGGGGGGGGGGGGGGGGGGGGGGGGGGGGGGGGGGGGGGGGGGGGGCACUGCUUACUUCGAGGGGUCUUAUCCCUGCCCCUCCCGUCCGUUCUCGAAGUUUUCGCGUUUCCCCCAGCCCGGUGUGGGGGAGGAGUGCGUGUAAUUUCCGUUUCGGAUGCACCACGGGGAUCGGUUGGGUUGGUUUGUCGCGUUUCGGCACUUCGGGGUGAAUGAGCACGGCUGUCACAAUUUCGACGCUACCAGCAGCACACCCGCUUCAGACCCUUGAUUCGGGCGAGACUGACCGAUUUCAUAUUGAUUUGUGCUCUUUGGUGCGCUCCGCUUUGCUUCCACUACUGUGCUUGGACUGGCUUUUUCUCUAUGGUCCGUACCGUUAUGUAUCUGUUACCGGUUUCAAAUAUGCUGUUAUUUGUACCGGUGUGUGCGGUGUACGUUUUUGUGCUUAUUUUUACGUUCCAGUGGUUCAAGUGUAGAGUGAGCGCUCUCGGCGGCAUCAGGAAUACGUUCCGAACGCCUCUGUCUGCCAAUUUUGGUGGUUGGGCGGUUGAUUCCCGGCAGACGUUCUUAGGUGAAGCGGAAAAGGGUACAACAGUGGCGAAAACUCUUGCCAGCAAGUGUUCUCGACGGAAUUAUCAUCGUCGCUGUUUUAUGUCGAGUACUUGCAUAACUCGCCCAUUAUUAGGGCUCGGUAGCUGUGGAAUGCAUGAGAGAGGGGAGGAGCCUGGUACGCUAGGUCGCGAGAGUCGCAGGAAACCGUUAUAUUUUGUUUUUUCACCUCCGUUCGACAAGCCUGCAGUAUUUGAUGUGUAUGCCGUUGCUGUCGUCGUCGUAUCUUGUGGUUGCUGUUGUUGCUUUUGCUAUAGUUGUUGCUGUUGCCAUUGUUGUUGUUGUUGCUGUUGCUGUUACUGUUGUUGUUGUUGUUGUUGUGGCUGCGUCACGACGAGCUCUCCCUCCGCAGACAUCAAAGCAGUAGGUUUUCCGUCUAUCUAGUGUUUCGUGCCGUUAGCAAUUACAUGUGGAAGCUCGCCGAGUGUUGUUUUUUUCGGUGCUCAUCUGUUGUACUUCGUGUACUUGGUUGGCGUUCAAUAUCUCCGCGAUAGGUUGAGCAAGAAGACUGGGCAACAUUCGUGGGGCUUGUGGUCAUCGAAAGUGUAAGAAACGCCCUUCGCGUUUUUUGGGUGUGACUCGGUUGCCUCACAUCGGGUAUUGUCAGGCCUGGCCGUUUGUAGUCUCGUUGCUACGCGAUGUUUGGAGGUACGACUUGUGUUGCAUACAUCCCCUCACCGGACCAAACGGUGACUUUCACUGUCGGGAGAGAGCUUGUGCUGUUAAUUUUGUCAUGCGGUACAUUGUAUGGAGUAUCGAAAAGCUGAGUAACACCAGGUUUUUUAAUUGCUGGCUUGCGCACAACCGCUAUUUCUAAGUCUAUUCGUACGUGCCUGAUGGGGGUUAGGCUUGGAGGUUCCCUACUUCCUUAGUGUCAGGCUCGACUGUGCGUGUGCUUGUGUAGGCUGUUCGAUUUAUGUCCAGGCAGCAUGAACGGACUGUUUGUCCUUGCCUGCUGUCCUGCGAGGAAGCUGGAAAGUCUGAGCCUAAACUUGGAGACGCAUUGUUCCUCUCUUCAAGACCCCACAGUGCCCAGAGGGGGGUUUGGCC